UAGGACUUCCUCCCCGAUCGCAAAGUGAAGUCACUUCCCAAAAUUAGCUGAAAAAAAGUUUCAUCCGGUUAACUGUCUCUUUUUCGAUCCGCUACAACAACAAACGUGCACAGGGGAGCGAGGGCAGGGCGCUCGCAGGGGGCACUCAGAGAGGGCCCAGGGCGCCAGAGAGGCCGCGCCGGGCUAAUCUGAAGGGGCUGCGAGGUCAGGCUGUAACCGGGUCAAUGUGUGGAAUAUUGGGGGGCUCGGCUGCAGACUUGGCCAAAUGGACGGGACUAUUAAGGAGGCUCUGUCAGUGGUGAGUGACGACCAGUCCCUCUUUGAUUCAGCAUACGGAGCAGCAGCCCAUCUCCCCAAGGCAGACAUGACUGCUUCGGGGAGUCCUGACUACGGGCAGCCCCACAAAAUCAAUCCCUUGCCACCACAGCAAGAGUGGAUCAACCAGCCAGUGAGGGUCAGCGUCAAGAGGGAGUAUGACCACAUGAAUGGGUCCAGGGAGUCUCCAGUGGACUGCAGUGUCAGCAAAUGCAACAAGCUGGUGGGCGGAGGUGAAACCAACCCCAUGAACUAUAACAGCUACAUGGAUGAGAAGAAUGGCCCUCCUCCUCCCAACAUGACCACCAACGAACGGAGAGUCAUUGUGCCUGCAGACCCCACACUGUGGACUCAGGAGCAUGUUCGACAAUGGCUGGAGUGGGCCAUAAAGGAAUAUGGCUUGAUGGAGAUUGACACCUCCUUCUUCCAGAACAUGGAUGGCAAGGAACUGUGUAAAAUGAACAAGGAGGAUUUCCUCCGAGCCACCUCCCUCUACAACACCGAAGUGCUGUUGUCACACCUCAGUUACCUCAGGGAAAGUUCACUGCUGGCCUAUAACACAACCUCCCACACAGACCAGUCCUCACGACUGAAUGUCAAGGAAGACCCUUCUUAUGACUCUGCCAGGAGAGGAGGAUGGAGCAAUAACAUGAACUCUGGCCUCAACAAAAGUCCUCCCCUUGGAGGAGCACAGGCCAUGGGCAAGAACACUGAGCAAAGACCCCAGCCAGAUCCUUAUCAGAUCCUGGGCCCAACCAGCAGCCGCCUUGCCAACCCUGGAAGUGGGCAGAUCCAACUGUGGCAGUUCCUCCUCGAGCUCCUGUCUGACAGCGCCAAUGCCAGCUGUAUCACCUGGGAGGGGACCAACGGGGAGUUCAAAAUGACGGACCCUGAUGAGGUGGCCAGGCGCUGGGGAGAGCGGAAGAGCAAGCCCAACAUGAAUUACGACAAGCUGAGCCGGGCCCUCCGAUAUUACUAUGAUAAAAACAUUAUGACCAAAGUUCAUGGCAAAAGGUAUGCCUACAAAUUCGACUUCCACGGCAUUGCCCAGGCCCUGCAGCCGCAUCCGACUGAGUCAUCCAUGUACAAGUACCCUUCCGAUAUCUCCUACAUGCCUUCCUACCACGCCCAUCAACAGAAGGUGAACUUUGUCCCUCCCCACCCCUCCUCCAUGCCUGUCACCUCUUCCAGCUUCUUCGGAGCAGCAUCCCAAUACUGGACCUCCCCCACUGCUGGGAUCUACCCCAACCCCAGUGUCCCCCGCCAUCCUAACACCCAUGUGCCUUCACACUUAGGCAGCUACUACUAGAACUUAACAUCAGUGGCCUUCUGGCUGAAGCUCCAGCCCUUACUUUUUUUUUUUUUUUUUUUCCUGGAUAUUCUGGACUCUGAAGGACAUAAGUAGCCUUGAAGAGACAAGAAAACUGGAUGUUCUUUCUUUUGGAUAGAACCUUUGCAUUUGUUCUUUUAAGAAUGAUUAUUUUUAUGUUUAAAAACUUUUGCUUCCUCUACCUGAAAAAAAAAAAAAAGAAAGAAAGAAAAGUAUCAUUCCAUGGGCCAGUACACCAGCUUGGAUUCUCACCCACCUAUCAUCUAACGAGUUAGAUAUUUAGGUUACUGGAUCGGUUAUACCAUGGUUCUGAGAAAGAAGUAUACAUUUUAUAUAUAUAUAUAUUUUAUGACCAAAGUAGUUUCUUAUCAGCACACGGGUCUCAUCAUUGUAGGAUUCCAUAGAAUAAUGAAUCAUGGACUUGACCAGGAAUGAUCUGGUUUAAGACAUUGAAAAUCAAGGCAGAAUGUUUAUGAUCUUAGGAGGACUGAAUUCAGCAGAUGGCAACUGGAACACUGGCCAUGAGGCCGGUCAAGUUUUUGCCCAACUGGAAUUUCUAAGAAAGAUGUGUGUGUAUGUGUGUAUUUAAGAAGCCAUGAGUAUUACAAAACCCCUCGCAAUGGGCAAUAUGAGUUUGCCUGACCAUUCCCUCCAGGAAUAGUCAGGAUAUGAACUAAGAACGUUUAAUACAAACACAGACACUCGUGAAGAACAGAGGGUUAAAUAACUAUUUUUUUUUUAAUGACAGUGGGUCCCAGAACUUUGAAAAGUCAUAGGGAUUUCUAAACUCAGACAGAUUCGCAAGCGCUGUGCGUUUGUCAGACCACCAGACCGCGGUCAACCAAUCAGAAGGCAACUAACUGUAUAAAUUAUGCAGAGUUAUUUUCCUAUAUCUCACAGUAUUAAAAAAAAUAAGUAAUUAAAAAUUAAAGAGUAAAUAAACGAGUUGACCUCGGUCACAAAUGCAGUUUUACUAUCAAAUCGAUCAUUGUUAUUUUUUUAAAUAUAAUUUGUACAUCUUUUGUCAAUCUGUACAUUUGGGCUAUUUGUACUUUUUUAUAGCUGGGUUUUUUUAAUAAGCAUAAUGUGACUAUUGAUGAAAAGAAAGCGGGGAGUUAAAAGUCCCUGAGUUCUUAGGAAGAAAAGCAGUGCUGAAGUUAUUUAACAAGCUUGCCCAAACAAGAGAAAAGAUCCAUCUAGAUCUACAGUGCUUUAGAAGUGUUUGUAAAUAACAGAGCUGCAAUAACCUGGUAAGAAAAAACACACUCUGCCUCGUGCACACGAGGGGCUCUCCUGCUUUAUAUAUGCAAUAUAUUUUUAGAUGUGAAAAUAUAUAUAAUUUUUCAGGUAAUCGUGACUUUCAAAACUAUAUAAAGUGUUAGGCUGACAACUGUCCAAUGAAGACCACAUUGUAAAAUAAUUUGACCUUAAUAAAUUGUGC